AUGUCAAAAAAGGAAUUUAAUGAAAUCGGUAUCACAAUUGCCAAUGAGUUACCACCAGGUUAUGCAUUGCAUCAACAUGCAUGUCUCACACUUAAUUGGAAUGAUCGCCUACGACUUAUUCGAUUUCCAGCAACGAUUAUCAGUGUUGUUCGACAGGCCAUUCAAGCUAGUUGGUCUCAUGGCAUACAGAGAGAGAAAGAAUAUGCAGGUGCAUAUGAAUUCAAGCUUCAUGGGUAUCCUUGGCACGGUCAAGGAAGUGAAGCAGUAGAGUCUCGAGUUUUGAUGUUAUCGAUUCUUUCAGCUUUACAUCAUCAUGGUUGGUAUCUUUUAACGGCAACUGAUAUUUCGAAGAAACAACAAGAUAAAGAUUCAUUGAUUUUUCAACUUGGUAUUCCUCCACCAUCAACAUCAUUUUUCGCUGUUUCAUUCAAUGAACGAGAUAAAUUACGUUUGAUUGAUGCUCCACAGGAUCUAAUACGUGCAGUUCAGCAAACAAUUGGUACAGAUGAAAUACAAAGAGAAGAAUGGGUUUAUUCAAACACAGCUUAUCAAUUCAAAUUGCGUGGUUAUCCAUGGGUAGGCAAUGGUGAUGAAGCAGUGACUAGUCGAAUAAAACUUCUGGCUUUACUGGACUGUUUUACAUCGUUCGGUUGGCAACUGUAUGCAAGUAUUGAUAUGAGUAUAGGUUAUGAAGGUUGUGAUAUUGACACUUGGUUUUUUCGUCGAACUAAUCAAUAA